UGUGAGUGUGCGCUGGUGACAGCAGACUUUGCUCAACACCUUCCUCUCUCUCUCUAUAAAUUGCAGGUUUCAGUGGAUACCUGGCUGAUCUGUUCUCGCUGUUGUUGGGGAAGAAAGAAGUGUAACAGACCAUGGCUCCUUGGCCUGAAGUGGACAAGCCUGAAGCCAAUAACUGCAUUGAUGAAUCCUCCAAGCAAACACAGCCUGUGACUGCAAAAGAUGGAGGCAAUGUGGUUUCAACAGGGAAUAUUCAGCCUGGAUAUUCUACAAUUGCCUUGAUAAAUCAGACAGGGACAGAAGAAGGUGAUGACCCUUGGACAGUGCCAGACCUUCCGGACACUGGGAUCAAGUGGUCAGAUCGGGAUAUGAAAGGAAAAAUACUCUUUAUACUCCAAGGGUUAGGAAAGCUUGUUCUCAUGCUUGGAUUACUCUAUUUAUUUGUGUGCUCCUUGGAUGUUCUAAGCUCUGGCUUCCAAUUGGUAGGAGGUAAAGCAGCUGGGGACAUUUUUCGAGAUGAUUCUGUGCUGUCAAAUCCAGUGGCUGGACUAGUGAUUGGAGUUUUGGUGACAGUCAUGGUACAAAGCUCUAGCACCUCUUCAUCUAUUAUAGUCAGCAUGGUGUCUUCUUCAUUGUUGACUGUACAAGCUGCUAUUCCUAUCAUAAUGGGGGCAAAUAUUGGUACCUCAAUUACAAACACAAUUGUGGCACUUAUGCAAGCUGGAGAAAGAAAUGAAUUUAGAAGGGCCUUUGCUGGAGCUACAGUCCACGAUUUCUUUAACUGGCUUGCAGUGUUUGUGCUGUUGCCUAUAGAAGUUGCUACUGGUUAUCUUUAUCAUCUUACUAAUGUUAUAGUUAAAUCCUUUAAUCUUGAAACGGGUGAAGAUGCCCCUCAGCUACUAAAAGUUAUCACAGAUCCUUUUACAAAGCUUAUCAUUGAGCUUGAUAAAUCUGUAAUAAAUGCAAUUGCUAUGAAUGAUGACUCUGCGAAAAAUAGAAGCCUGGUGAAGGUUUGGUGCCUAACUAACACCAAUGUGACAUUGCAGAAUGUCACUAUCCCACCCUCAGAAAACUGCACAUCUCCUGACCUUUGCUGGACUUCAGGCAACAUAACAUGGACCAUUAAAAAUAUAACUGAAGUAGACUAUAUUGAAAAAUGCAAGCAUAUCUUUGUGGAUGCAGAUCUUCCAGAUCUUGGUAUUGGUCUCAUUCUCCUUGCAUUUUCUUUGAUAACUCUCUGUGUGUGUUUGGUGAUGAUCGUUAAGCUACUGAAUUCUGUCCUUAAAGGACGAAUGGCCAGUAUCAUCAAGAAGACUAUCAAUACUGAUUUCCCAUAUCCUUUUACAUGGCUUGCUGGAUACCUGGCAAUGGUGGUUGGAGCUGGUAUGACCUUCAUUGUCCAAAGUAGUUCUGUUUUUACAUCUGCUAUUACACCACUGGUUGGUAUUGGCGUUAUAAGCAUUCAACGUGCUUAUCCUCUUACCUUAGGAUCUAACAUUGGUACAACUACAACAGCUAUACUUGCAGCUUUAGCAAGUCCAGGAAGUACAUUACAGUAUUCAUUACAGAUCGCCCUGUGCCACUUUUUUUUCAAUAUUUCUGGAAUUAUUCUUUUUUAUCCAAUACCUUACACCAGGCUCCCCAUCCACCUGGCCAAGGUUUUGGGGAACAUAACAGCCACAUACAGAUGGUUUUCAGGUUUUUAUCUCUUCAUCUGCUUCUUUUUUAUACCUGUGGGUGUCCUAUUCCUGUCAAUGGCUGGCUGGCAAGUCCUCUUGGGCGUUUGUGGUCCCAUACUACUUUUAUUUAUUGCAGUGGUGGUAAUUAAUAUUCUACAGUCUAAAAAGCCACAUAUACUGCCUGCAAAGCUCCAGAACUGGGACUACCUUCCCUUGUGGAUGCGAUCCCUGCAGCCAUGGGAUGAUAUGAUAACGUCUUCAAUGACCUUCUGUAGAGAACGCUGCUGCUGCUACUGCAAGGCCUGCAAACGCAACAGGGAAGAGGCGGCUGUCAAAGACAGGCAGAUAAAGGCCCUGGAAGUUUAUGAAAACACCGUUGCAAUGGCUUGUGAUGAAAACCGUGUUCCAAAACCACAGCCUGCAGCUGGUUCACAGCCUGCAAUGGGCUCUAACAACACAGCCUUAUAGUAGGAGAUCAACCUGCAUUAACAAAGACACAGUAUAGGACAAUCAGUCUCUUGAAAAUCAGUUUGGACAAUGCACUGAGGACUAAAUGAAAGUUUUCUUAGUUUCCUGAUUCCAGUGCUACACUACUUAUCAAGGAAUGGAGUAGAACAAAUUCUACAGGGUGCCCAGUAAGUCUCAGAUCAGGUAAAAAGCUGAGAAUAGAUCUGUGUGUGGAGGAUCUUCUAUAUGGUUAGUAACACCAAACACAAGAAAUGUUGAUGCACUCCAACCUAACAGAGGAUGGCUGAAAUAAGUUCAGAGGCUUAUGAACCUAACAAAACAAUGUACUGUGUUGAACAUUCUCCCUGAAUCAUAACUGGUAUUAAACCAAACUCAUUCUAUGAUAUAAAAAAGGUUUUGUGAGAGAAAAAAACAAAUCAAAAGAAUGAAAAUGUUUUCACAUGUUCAUUUCCUUCAGUGUUAGAGAGCUUAAUUGCUGUACUUUGUGAUGUCUAGCUAAAGGCCAAAAUGUAAGUAUUUUAAACUACUGGUGCAUUUGCCUUUGGAAGAUAUAAGUUGGUUGAAGAUCGGCUGUCCAUUAAGGGAGUAACUACUGAAGAAUUUGAAGGAGACUUGUACUAAACCUCAAAACAGGCUUUUAAAAUAGUGGUAAGGAUUGGAUUAAGAGCUGCAAAAACAAGGAUGCUUUGGGUUCAACACUGUGGCUAGUGUCUGGUGUGUUAUAAGAUCACACAUUCCUAGGACUCAUUUAAUAUUUAAUGUGGAGAAAAUGUGUGUUAACUCUAACCAUUUGCAGCAUGAUUGAUAUCAAUGUCCUUGGAGUUGCUAUAGUGCCUUAUGGCAGUUUGUGCUGACAGUGUUAUAAAGUCAUCUAUUGGAAAUCUGUAUCCCUAAUAAAAAUCCAUGGGUUAAGUAGCGAUCCAGCACAGGCUGGAAAGCCUCUUGUCUUCAGUGUUGUUGUGUUAAUAAAUGCCAGUCUGCAACUCUGACUAGCUGCAACAUUUCAGUGUUAUAAAUGAGCCAGUUCAGGAAAUAUUAAAGCAUUUGACAUCAGUGAAGUUGCUGGCUUGCAGUAGCAUAAAAUGACCAAAUUCUGGGAGAUGGAAGAGGUAAGAAAGUGCAAUGUGUGAGGGCUGCAAGUCAUGGGGGGGGGAAUAUUACAGCCCUGGGUCUAUGCCAAGCUUCAUCCAGUUUAUAUGACUGUGUUUUAAAUGGGAUUUAAAUUUAAAUGCAAACAGACCCUUCAUCGUAACGUAGGCUACUCAGUGCUGCUAAAAUAUAUUUAAUUCUGAAAAAGUUUAUUUUCUUUGAAGUUCUCUAGUGUAAUAGGCAGAACUAAGUUAUCAAGUAAAUAUGUUCAUUUUAGAGAUUUGUUUAUUUACAUUUUUUAAACUGACAUGCUUCUAAGUUGCCUAAAAAUGCUUUUUUUGUUAGAGUAUACUGAAUGUUAUUCAGAAUCAGCUUUAGACUUUUUCUGUUUUUGUGGGCCACUGACACAUUUUUAAGAAUAGGUGUGAUUUUUCCCAACAUUGACACAGAUGCGGUUUUCAAGAGCGUUUCGCAUUGGACUAAAUCUUGCUCCCGUUGAUGUCAGUGGAAAAGAGCAGAAUUAGCCACCCUUUUGCCUGUUCUUCCUUCUCUUUUCUUGAUGCUCCUCAGAUAGAAUUUUCUCCGUUCCUUGCUCAAAAAGUGUAAUUCUGUUGUCUUUCGUAACUCCCCUGAAGUCAACUGAAAGUGAACAAAAUUUUAAGGCUGCCUCUCUUGCUUUGGAUGUGCAUGCUCAAAGGCUGUGUUCCUUCAUAAGCUGGUGUGCAUUUCCUUUGCUCUAAUUUUUAGCGAUUAUAAGACUAUCCAGAAGUCCAUGUGACUCCCUUAUUUGCAGUUGAGUAAUCCGAACAUAGAAGAGGUCUCCUGCUCUUUGCCUAAUAAGUUCUCUAAUAAAGUGCCUGUUAUUUUGUAGCAUGAAAUAAAGGAAUAAACAAACUGUUAACAGCCUCUACAAAAAAUUAUGGGGUUGGAUAGGAAAAGCACUUGCUACAAAGGAACCAGGGGAAUUAUGUAUAAGUAUAGCAAUGUUUUAGGCCCCUUUGUUGUAAUUUUUUUCCUAUCAUAUUAAUGCAGCUCAUGUUUAUUAUCCAUCCCUUUAUCUACUUUAUACCAUACUGUGCUGUUGCUUUUGGCGGAAGUCAGAUUUCAGUGAAUGCUUCUUAAAAACAGAUAGCACAACGUGACCCCUGAUAUAACCGCCCCCACCUCAGAUUCUAACUAAAGAUAUUUACAAUUUAUUUAUGAUUAUUCUAGUGUACAGAAUUUUUCAUAAGUUAUGGAGUACGUGUCUUGUGAUCGAGUGGUGUAUUACUUAUUUGAAAACAUUAUGCAAUGUUUAUCUAUAGAAAUGUAAAAAGGAAGUACUGUAUAUUUUGUAACAUAGCUUUCAAAAUUGUGUUUGUAACUGUGUAUACUUCAUUUUACAGAGGUGCGUUAUUUGCUCCACUGUUCAGUUACAUUGUGAUUUGCUGGCAAAGAAGGAACAGAGUGCUUAAAAUAAAGAUGACAGUGUAGCUAAAUACCUUUAUAUUGUGUCUACACAAGGAUAUUGAAUGCUACUUUUUCUAGCCAGAUGUGCAUUUUCUUUAAUGAAUAACUUUUGAGGUACAAGGUUUCUAAAAAAAAAAUUUUAUUUUUUAAUUCUAAAAAUGUUUCUAUCUUUUGACAAUAUAUAGCUUUAUAAUUUGGCAUGAAUAUUCAUCUUGCCCUGAUAUGGUAGGUGCAUUGAAUGUGAAAAUAAAAAUAGUUUAACAUUUUAAACAUUUUUCAUUAUAACUGUUUACUUAUGCAUAAUGGAGGCUGAUGAAAAAUAGUUCUGAACAGAAUAGCUCCCUUUAGAGACAGCAGAGUUUGAACGGUAUGAACUUAUGUAUCAGCAUUGGGCAGGCAAAGGACAUCUCAGGAGAAAUGUGCCUUCAUUCAUACAAGUGAGUAUGCUGCCCAUGAGGCUAACAUAAGGUUCAGGGGAGUUAUGCAGGGCAUGGAUGUUUUUCAGGCAAGUUUCUUUGGGCUGCUGUUAGUGAAAAUCAGGUAUGGAAGGGAAAGGUGAAGAUUUGCCAUAACAUUCUUGGUGCUUAUUUAAUAUUCCACAGUUUUUGGAGUGAUGUUUCUAAAAUAGUCAUACUUAGAUGUGAAAGUACUGGAAAUUGUAAUUCCAGAAUUCCAGCAUACUUCAAUGAAAUUAAAAAGGCACACAAAGCAUUCCUUCACCAAUAAAAAGAGCAGCCAUUUCAGGUACUUGGUUUAAAACUGCCAUCACCCUCCAUUAGCCCUGAAUCACUCUCAGGAGUUAAAGCACAUCAAUGCAAACACAGAUUGUAUCCUCCACUUUAUGUAGACUAUUUUAAAAUCAGGUCUGAAUUUUCACCAAGGGUAAAGUACAGAAAUGCAUUUAAGCCUAUGUUUAACUUCAGGCAUAUGUUUAAGUACUGCACUGAAUACAUGCCUAAACAUUCUUAUAAUGAUAUUUUAUCUAGGUCCCCUAAUUACUGUCUAGCUUAGCUAUUGUUAUCACUGUUCUUCAUUUCUCUUGUUACGCAUUCUACUACUUUUCUCUCUCGACUUCUACACUGGGAGCUAUGGAAGAAUGGAAGUGAUUAAAUAGUCUUUCUCCUGUCUCUCCUAUACGGUUUCAUAAUUCAUGCUUAUCACUGAAGUAUGUAUGAACCUUCCAGUAGUGCAUUAAGUAACAUUGAGCAACAUCUGUCAUUUACUUAUUCAUUCUCUCAUCCUCCCUCUUGGGGGAGAAUUGUGUGUGCAGUGUUGUGUUUUGUUUGCUUUUAAACACACUGCUCUGUGUUUCUCUGGGCUAAUUGAAAUAUGUUCAACUGCAAUUUUCCAUUGGAAGAUGUAGCCUUGUUGAAAUUUACUUCAUGGGAAUAUGUCAAUUUUGACAGUUUUCAAUGGGAAAGUGUUGAAAAGAUUGAUUUACAUUUCCUUGUUUCAAUUAAUUUGAAAUGUAUUAUACUAAAACAAUAGUUUUGUUAAAUAUUAAAUCAUAUAUAUUGUUAAAUACUUACUAUACUGUUUUGACAUUAUCAAAAU